UUUUUGCAGGGUUUACUCUUGUCAAUGUUGAAGCUUAACAAAGACGUACUUUUCUUAAUAGCAGAAAAUUUGCAAGAUGACAUGAUAUCGCUUUGUUCAUGUCUUUUGGUUAACAAAUUUUGGUGUGAGGUAACUGUGCCAAUAUUAUGGAAAAUUCCUGGACGAAUGGUUUUAACUGAAAAAGCAGAGGAUAAAUUAUUUAAUGUAAUACUUUUACAUUUAUCAAAAGACUCAAAAGAUAUUUUGAAAAAUCAAGGGAUCAAUCUUUAUACAGAAACUUAUCGACCAACUUCAUUUAAUUAUAUUAAUUUCUGGAGACAUUUAGAUUUACAAUUUUUGGAAGAAACAUUUUCCAGAAAUUUAAAAAUUUUAGAAGUAUCAACCAGUUCUAUGAUAAAAAACGAAUUAUUAAAUUUAUUUAUCAAUAAAUAUACAAAGUUUAUUUCACUUCUUAUCCCAGAAAAUAUUAAUUAUGAUAUAUAUUGUAUUUCAUGGAAUGAACAAUGCUUUUCAGAUCUUAAAAAUUUAUGUUGUCAUGAAUUUCAUCAAAACAGUUUGGAAGGAUUAGCUACAAUAAGCAAAUCAAUUAAAAAACUCUUUUGUUGUAUUUCAAGGGAUAAUAAUGAUAUUUCUAGAAUUGUUAAAUUAAUUGAAGCUCAGAAAAACUUAAAUGAAAUCCAUAUGUCUUGUGAUAAUGAUGAAGCAUUGAAAACUAUUGAGGAAUUACUUAUUAAAAAAGCAGAUACCAUCCAACAUUUACGUUUAGACUGGGAACCUGUUACAGAAGUUCUUUCACAUUUAGUAAAUUUAAAAAUUCUAGAUAUGGAUACACCUUUCUUGUUUCGACGAUCUAAAAACUAUGCAAACCCAAAUUUGAAUCAAUUAGAGGAAAUAUCAUUACCUGCUUUAAAAAUCUUAAAAGCUAAUUUAUCGUCACAUAAAAUCUUGAUAAGAUUAAUUGAAACCGCAAACGUACAACUUACUACAAUUGGUAUUAGUCAUGAUUCGUUAAAAGAAAUUGAUGAAAUUAGAAGACUUACACAAACAAUAUAUCAAAAUUGUCCAAAUCUUAGGUAUAUUAAGCUACCAAUUAAAGAUUAUACUCUUACUGAAUUUGAAAGAUUGUUAGCUAAUUCUCAAUAUUUAGAUGGAUUAGUUAUUGAUUAUGAAAGAGGCUUUGAUUAUAAGGAUGUAUUUGAAAUAUUAACUAGAUCAUCACCAUUAAAUUUGUCUAAAUUUAAAUUUAUUUUUACACAAAAAUUUAGACUAAAUUUUAAAUUAUUAGAAUCAUUUCUUAAUAAAUGGAAUGAUAGACAACCUAUGCUAUUACAAAUCUCCCUAGUUAAUUUUAUAGAUGAACAUCAAUGGUAUAUGAAACGAUUGAAAUCACUAAUUAAAAAAUAUGAAAUGAAAGGAAUAAUUAAAAAAUUUGAUCUUAAUUGGUAUGAUAAAUUUGAAGAAUUUGAAUGGGUUCAAGAUGUAUCACAAUUUUAUUCUUUACCUUAGUAUCUCUGAAGAUCCAAGGAUUUAUUCUUUUUAUAUGUAAUUAUGGUUAAAGUAAUAAAAAAUUUAUUGAAUAUAAAUAAAACAACUACAGUCUAACCUCAAUAUACCGAUAUUCGAUAUACCGAUAUACUAUUAAAAACUUGAUAUA